UAGCUGGUUGAACGUUUACAUCUAGCUAGCGGUGCACUGUCUGAGCGCUUUCGAACAAAAGCCUGAAGACAAGCAAAUCAAUAGCAGCAAUCGUCAUUUUAAAACGAUACAAUUGAUUUUCAAGUUAUAGCAGGCCCACUCAACAUUUGGCUGGUAGUCCUAUCAUCUCCCCAUUGGCGUCGUUCACAGGGGAAGGCCACAGCUAAAGGCCCAGAAGUUCCCCUUCUCUCCCUCUCCAGUCAAGAUGGGAGGAGCUGUGAGCGCUGGGGAGGAUAAUGACGAGUUGAUUGACAACCUGAAGGAGGCACACUACAUCCGUUCGGACCUGGUGGAGCGGGCCUUCAGGGCCAUCGACCGGGCCGACUACUAUCUGGAGGAGUACCGUGACAGCGCCUACAAGGACCUGGCCUGGAGGCACGGCAACAUCCACCUAUCAGCCCCCUGUAUCUACUCUGAGGUGAUGGAGGCCCUGGACCUUCACCCUGGCCUGGCCUUCCUCAACCUGGGCAGUGGGACCGGGUACCUCAGCACCAUGGUGGGCCUCAUACUGGGUCCAUUUGGUGUGAACCAUGGGGUGGAGUUACAUGCUGAUGUGAUUGAGUAUGCCUACCAGAAGCUAGACUACUUCAUCAAAACCAGUGAAAGCUUUGACAAGUUUGAGUUCUGCGAGCCUUCCUUUGUGGCGGGGAACUGCCUGGAGAUCCCCCCUGAGAGCAGGCAGUAUGACAGGGUGUACUGUGGGGCGGGGGUGCAGAGAGACCAUGAAGAAUACAUGAAGAACCUGCUGAAGGUGGGGGGUAUCCUGGUACUACCCCUUGAGGAGAAGCUGACCAAGAUCACACGUACAGGACAGAGCAGCUGGGAGACCAAAAAGAUAAUUGCUGUGUCCUUCGCUCCUCUGGUGCUGCCCAAAGAUCACACCAAUAACACCAAUGGCAAACCCAAGACAGUCCCACUACCCAUGUUUGAGGUGCGGACGCUGCAGGAGCUGGCUCGUAUAUCCAUCCGCCACACCCUCAGAGUGACCACGGACAGCAGGGAGGGUCACCCACGGGGCCGGGGCUCUUUUGGAGGAGGCAGGGGCCUGGGGGUCAGUGGGCUCCACAAGUACGGCCCACGCUUUAAACGCCGGCGCGUUCACCGGCGCCACUGCAACUCUGUGGUACUGGCUAACAAGCACGUGGUGAGCAGUGCCCUCCCUACCCCCGCUCCCCUGGACAACAACAAUAACCGCGGGGGGCGGGACGAGGAGGAGCAGGGAAGGGCAUCCUGGGGGGUGGGAGGGGAGGAGCAUGGAAGGGCAUCCCGGGGGGUGGGAGGGGUGGAACAGGGAAGGGCAGCCCAGGGGGUGGGAGGGGAGGAGCAGGGAAGGGCAUCCCGGGGGGUGGGAGGGGAGGAGCAGGGAAGGGCAUCCCGGGGGGUGGGAGGGGAGGAAGAGGAGGAGGAAGCAGAGAGGGAGACAGGGGAGCUACUCCGGGCAGAGCCACCUAUAAACAUCCUGAGAGAGAGGAUUCUGUGUCUGCCCCUCCCGGAGCCUCUGAAGAUGUACCUGCUGUACUACCGGGAGAAAUGACUUCUCCACAGAGAACACACAGCAGAAACCAACCAAGCAACCAGGCUUGGGCCUCUACAACCCCUGACCCCUACCACCCUUCUAGGCAGGGCAACAGGCCCUCUCUUACUGACUCACUGACUGGGUCUCUAUCCCUCUUGUCCUCUACAUCCUCUCUCUCUCUCUCUGUGUGUGUUUCUUACUCAAUGCCUUUCCUGUCUGUGGAAGAAGCAGACCUAUUUGACCAGUAUAAUGGUAAGGGUUUCACCUCGGGGAUAAGGCCUCUCUAGGUUCCCUGGGAAUCUGUAGCUUAGCUUUCUCAAUGGCACAGAUCGCUUUCUCAGACAGCCAAACAGAUCAAUUACGUUAAUGGCUUUUUGUUGCAGUAGUUGGGAGAGGAGGAUCUUUGUGAUUUUUCCUGUUUCACUCAACAACCCAACAGAGGUUGUGUGAUCUAUCAUUCUGUGCUGAGUGUGCCCUAGAUAUAUGGUGGUGUCUGUUAUUUUGUUGGAAGAUGUAUGAUGUAGCUCAUGUCUCAAGAGCACGUUGGUCCAGAUCUUAAGUAAAGGUAAACCACUAGGAGAGACUGGAAGGAACCAUCGGAGUGCUUCAUAAACGGCACAGUGUCCGAGCGGAGGAGAAAGAGCUUGUCAUUUCAGUAGUGUCCAGAAGCCAGAGAGAUGACGUGUUUGGCAUAGUGGAGAGGGGUUUGAGACACAAAGCUGGGACUUUCCCUACUAA